AUGUCACGUUUCUUUCAAAGAUCAGAUUCAGAAUCAGAUAGUGAUUCAGAGUCAUCAUCAUCAGAUUCAGGCGCAGCCCAACAACAAAAGAGAGUAAAUCGUUUCGCUGCCUCUUCUUCUGAAGAUGAGGUUGAAGUCAAGAGAGUUGUAAAGUCUGCCAAGGACAAGACAUGGGAACAAUUAGACAAGAGUUUCAACGACAUUAAGAAUCAUAUCAACAUGAACGAUUGGAGCGCAAUCUUGAAUGAUUUUGAAAAUAUGAUCAAGUUUAUUGAAAAAUCAACCAAUGUUAUCAAAAAGGAAGGUGUACCACCAGGAUUAGUCAAGGCAUUAUAUUUAAUUGAAACAUCUUUGAAUUUGGAUGAAUCGAGCAAGAAGAAGAUGAACAGCAAGAACGUCAAGGCACAUCAAACCUUGAAGCAAAAGUUGAAAAAGACAUUACCAGCCUACGAGGCUCAAGUCAAGGUCUACAGAGACAACCCCGACUUGUUAAAGAGUGCCAACAAGGACAGCGACGACUCAGAGAGUGAUUUGAGCGACGACUCUGACUUGAGCGAGAGUGAGUCUGACGACGACAGCGACGGCCCAAAGAAGGCUGCUCCAAAGAAGCCAGCUGCUGGCGCCGCCAAAAAGGCCGCUGCCAAGAAUGGCUGGUUCAAGUCGGGUGGUGCCGCCGCAUCAGACUCUUCUUCUGAAGACGACUCUGAAGACGACUCUGACGACUACAGCGACGACAGUGACGACAGUGAUUCGAGCGACGACUCUGACGUUGGCGAAGAGGUUGACAAGUCUAAGCGUUGGAUGAAAAAGACCGACACCAAGACCGACAAGAAGGUCGCCACCACCACCAAACGUAAGAAUGAUGACCAAAAGGCCAAGCUCAAGCAAGAAAAGGCUGCCUCGUCGCCCGCCGCCGCCGCCCCAGCCGAAACCGCCGGUCAAAAGCAAUUGUCACGUGCUGAAGUCCACCAAAAGCUCAAGGACAUCCUCAACCAACGUGGUAAGAAGGGUACCAAUGCCAACAUCCAAAUCGACCUUUUGGAGGGUCUCUUGGUGCACGUCAAGGAAGACGAAGACACCUUUAGCAUCUUGUACAACGUCGUCAACGCCUUGUUUGAUCUUGCCCCAACCAUCCAAGUGUCGAUGGCCAGUCCAGCCUGGAAGCGUGCCGCCUCCAACAUCAAACUCAUCAUCAGCUUGUUGGAAAAGAACAAACAAUUUGUACUCAUCAGCGAACAAGACGAGCCAAACCGUGUCCCAGGCAACGUCUACAUCCGUGGCAACCUUCUCUCGCUCUUUGAGCGUCUCGAUGAAGAGCUCAACAAGUCGCUCCAACACUUGACCUUCCCAUCGGCCGAGUACACUGAGCGUCUUGCCGACGAGUCAAUCCUCCUCGAGAUUGGUGCCGCCGUUCAAACCUACCUCGAACAAGGUAACCAAAACGACAAGGCUGCACGUGCUGCCAUCCGUCGUCUCGAACACAUCUACCAUCUCGGUAUCGACCAAGAAUCGACCAUCAAAAAGUUGAGUGCCUUUAUCUACCAACAUGGUGACAUGCGUCUCAACGCCCGUACCAUCUUGCUCAACAUCUACUUUAACGCCAUCCACAACCGUUUCCAUGAAGCCCGUGAUAUGAUGCUCAUGUCCCAUCUCCAAGACAACCCCACCUUGAUGGACAUCCAAGCCCAAAUCCUCUUCAAUCGUGCUAUGGUCCAAGUCGGUCUCUGUGCCUUUAGAAACGGCUACAUUGCCGAAGCUCAAAACUGUUUGGCCGAGUUUUCCGGUUUGCGUAAGGAGUUGCUCGCUCAAGGUCUCUCUGCCUACACCAAGUUCCACGAAAAGGAGCCACUCCGUGAGAUUGAAGAGAAGCAAAGAGUGUUGCCAGGACACAUGCACAUCCCAUUCGACGUUAUCGAGACUGUCAACCUCAUCUCUGGUAUGUUGAUUGCCGUGCCACAAAGUGCCUCGCGUCCAUUUGACUCGAAGCUCAAGAUCUGUAAAUUCUACCAACGUCACAUGGAUCACCUCGACAAGCAAGUCUUUAUCCCACCACCCGACACCUUCAAGGACAUCAUCUAUGCCUCGUCCAAGGCCCUCGCCACUGGCGACUACCAAACCACCAUCAAGUUGCUCUCGACCCUCAAGUUGUGGACCGUCAUCCAAGACGGAGAAAAGGUACUCGAGCGUCUCAAGCGUAUCGUUCAAGAAGUCAGUCUCAAGACUUUCCUCUACACCUACUCGGUCUACUAUGACACUAUGCGUCUCGACGAAUUGGCCGAGCGUUUCAGUCUACCAAAGAACCAUGUCCACUCUGUCGUCUCCAAGAUGAUGGCCAACCACGACAUCUCUGCCUCUUGGGAACACUCGACCGAAACCAUCACCUUCCAUCGUUCCGAACAAACCAAGUUACAACACCUCGCCCUCAACUACUCAGAGUCGCUCAUCAACUUUGUCGAACAAAACGAAAGAAUCUACGAUAUCAAGUUUGGCAGUUUCCGUAACAAAAAGUUUGAUGAAAUCAAUACAAAUGCCGGUGCUGCCCAAACCUCUUCUGGUCCAUCUGGCGCUACUUCACACCACCACAAUAACAAUCACCACCACAAUAACAAUCAUCACCAACGUAAACAACAAAAUAGAAAGAAAUAA